AUGAAUGGCGUCGCUGGCCGCCGCGGGCCCCGAGGAAGGAAGUGGGCCGUGAUCUUCCGUUCAGCCCGAAAGCUCCGCGCCCCCGGCUCGCCUUCCCUCGGGGCCGGCGCCCGCUCUCGCGCCGCAGAGGCUUUCGGAGGGUCCCGCGUCCCCUGCGAGCACCGAGGCGUGAGCCGCGUCCUCACUCGAAGGCGCGGGUUCGGGCCCCAGCGAUCGAGCCCUGGGGCGGACCUGGGGGGCAGCUCCGGGCGGGCCCGGGAGCGGAAAGGCCGGGGACCCCCGCUGAGACGGGACGCUGGAGUCUCGGGUGACGAGCCCGUGGGGCGCAGCGGGGAGUCCGGGAGCAAUGGAGGGGGAGGGGAACGGGCGGAGGAGCUGGAGCUGCGCGCCCUGCAGGCCCAGCGGGAAGCCCCGGGCGCCUCGGGCCACAGGCCCCCGGGCCAGCGCUGGGUGUGGAUGAACUUCGAGUCGCCCUCUCACUCUCCGGGGCUGCGCGGCCUGGCAGGUAACCUCUUCAACUGGACGCUCUCCUACCGGGCCGACUCCAACGUCUUCGUGCCUUAUGGUUACCUCUACCCCAGGACGCACCCCAGCGACCAGCCGCCGGGCCUGGGUGCCCCGCUGUCUCGGAAACGGGGGCUGGUGGCCUGGGUGGUCAGCAACUGGGACGAGCGCCAGGCCCGGGUCCGCUACUACCACCAGCUGAGCCAGCACGUGCCCGUGGACGUGUUCGGCAGGGGCGGGAGCCGGCGGCCGGUGCCCGCCGUCGGGCUUCUGCACACGGUGGCCCGCUACAAGUUCUACCUGGCCUUUGAGAACUCGCAGCACCUGGACUACAUCACCGAGAAGCUCUGGCGCAACUCGUUGUUGGCCGGGACCGUGCCGGUGGUGCUGGGCCCCAACCGUGCCAAUUACGAGCGCUUCGUGCCCCGCGGUGCCUUCAUCCACGUGGACGACUUCCCCAGUGCCUCCUCCCUGGCCGCCUACCUGCUCUUCCUCGACAGACAUCCCGCCGUCUACCGCCGGUACUUCAGCUGGCGCCGGAGCUAUGCUGUGCACGUCACCUCCUUCUGGGACGAGCCUUGGUGCCGGGCCUGCCAGGCGGUGCAGAGGGCAGGGGACCGGCCCCAAAGCAUACGCAACUUGGCUCGCUGGUUUGAGCGCUGAAGCCACCCUCGCCCGGGUAUGACCCAGGGAGGCCAAGCCAUCAGCCUUUCGAUGCUGUGCUGGGCAUCUCCUUGAAUGCAGACUCAUGCGACUAAGGUUUUGCUUGCCGGGAGAAGGCGAUCUGCCAGUGUUCUUCGGCACAAAGGCUGGGUGGGUAGGAUCCUGGUUUGGUUCUUUAUGGGUUUUGCAAGUAGGAGUUGGGCUUUCUUGCCUGUUGAUGGGCAUCGGUGUUCCGGAGUGAAGGGGGGCCCUUCCUCACCUUGCAACUAAUCAGUGCAGAGGUGAAGAAACAGCUUAACUACAAGAAGCCAUUGAGGCAGUUGCUGGGAAUUUCUUCAUCUGCCACAGGUCAUAUUUGUGGCCAGCCGUGAGUCCAAAUGUCCUAUACACACGGCUUUCCAUUUCACAUUCCCCUGGACCAAUGUGCAGCAAACCCCUGGUUUUAGAAAGAUCCUUGUUGCCGGGUAGUGGAAGGACUGUGGCCACAAGGAGGUCUUUCUCUUUGUUGGUUGAAUUCCUCAAAACCUCAGCUCCUAAGAAAGGUGUGGAGGGUCGUCCAAGAAUCUGUUGACUGUUUCUGAACAAGUACUGUUUGUUCCCUGCCCAUGAAUGGAAACAAGAUGCUGGAUUGUCCUUGGAGAAGAGUUAAGGUGAAUAUAGAAGUGUACCUCUCUUUUCACAGAUGUAUUCCUGAGGAGCUGCUUUUCUUUUAUUUUUUUUUAAUCCUCACAUGAGAAUAUGUUUUUAAAUUCAUUUUAGAGAGAGGAAGAGAAAUAUCCACUGGUUGCCUCACGUAGGGGCCCGACCAGGGACCGAACCCGCAACCCAGGUGUGUGCCCUGACCGGGAAAUGAACCUGCAACCUUUUGGUGUACAGACGACUCUACGACAAACUGAAUCACCGGCCAGGGCCCAGAAAACCUGAGUUUCAAUCACAUCCCAAAUUCACUGCCCUAGGAGGAGUUUGGUAUUUAAUAAAACCUUAUGGAGAAUCCCUUUACAAUGUGAAUGAUCAUCCCCUAACUAAUUUCUUCUAUGUCUUUGUUUUUCUAUAACCUGCGUGUUUUUUUUAAAAGCAUAUUAAAAUUACAGAUGUGAAAAUAAAGCGGAAGCCGCUUUCUUCUCACUGCUUCCCAGAAAACCAGACUGUUUACAGACAGAAGGGAAGGAAGCCACAGUGCGACUUUCCGCAGUUCCUUAUUUUGCGUCUUUAUGGAAACUGAAAUUUAAACUGGAAUAUCAUUCCUCCAGGGGUGCUGGCAUUACCUGUCUGCAGAACAAUGGAAGAGACUGUACUGCAUAUGGAAUCACGCAAAAGGAAAAAUGUUUCAUGGUGUCUGUUAAUGGCAGUGUUUGUUUCUAUCUGUCAGUUUUUUGUUAAAUGUUUAGUUGCUAGGGAAUGGAACUAAAUCGGUGUCUGUGAUGAACUUUGUCUUUUGUUAAAGGCUAAAUCUGCAGUUCUCCUUGGGCCAGCAGGUUUCCCUCCUAGUCUGCAUAGUGGUACAUAUAUCCUCGUGUUUCUAAUGCCCUUGAGACUGUGCCAUGGGACCAACUUUGAAAAUAUAUGCAUUGACUUUAAAA